GACGUCUAUAACAAGCCACAUUUGCUUAUCCCUUCCAACCCUCGUUCCCUAUGUCAGAUCACAUUUUCCCAAGAAAAUCUCCUUUUCCAUGAAAGUUCAUGUCAUAGGUAGACCUUUGAGUCUCCUGUUAUAUAUUAACUUGCCUUCUUUUCGAUCCCCUCAACGUCUCCAGUUUUCUUCCCGCGCAUCUCCUGUGAUUUUCUGUCGGGCCAAACCCCAGAAAGCUUCCGAUAAUUCUAUGGCGGCUUGCAUUGAAGCUUCGAUAUCAGACUGUCCCCAAACCGAUGAUGGGUUCAGGUACGUCAAGAUUUACAGAACCGGUUUCUCUGACCAUUCUUCUUGUAUACCCAUCACUCGGAAUCAGACUAAAAUGAUUCACACUCGCCCACUCGUGGACGAAAUCCAUCGGGAAGAGGAUAGAGUCGAUGUUUGGGUUAAAAUACAAGAGGAAGCUAGAUCGGAUGUUGAGCGAGAACCCAUUUUGUCAAGCUACUAUUACACUUCGAUAUUGUCUCAGCAAUCGUUAGAGAGGGCAUUAGCGAAUCAUCUCUCGAUCAAGUUAAGCAACUUGAGUCUCCCUAGCUGUACCCUGUAUGAUAUUUUCUUGGCGGUGCUUCAAGAUGAUAGGGAAAUAAUCGAGGCAGUGGAGGAAGAUUUGCGAGCUGUCAAAGAACGAGACCCUGCCUGUAUAAGUUAUGUGCAUUGUUUCUUGAACUUCAAAGGAUUUCUCUCCUGCCAAGCUCAUAGAUUAGCGCAUAAACUCUGGUCGCAAAACCGGAAAGUAUUAGCACUGUUGACAAACAGAGUAUCCGAGGCUUUUGCCGUGGAUAUCCAUCGAGCCAAAAUCGGGCGGGGGAUUUUGCUCGACCACGCUACCGGAGUAGUGAUCGGCGAGACGGUGAUCGCAUAUGUUCAUCUACACAACGUGACACUGAGGACUGCAGCUUGUGGGGACCGGCACCCCAAGAUUUGGGCAUGAGUGCUGAUGGAGCAGGGCUGUAUUUUGGGGAACAUUAGGAUUGGGGAUGGAGCCAAGAUUGGUGCUGGUUCAGUGGUGUUAAAAGAUGUGCCGCCGAGAACCACAGCUGUAGGGAACCCAGCAAGACUUGUUGGAGGAAAAGCAAAUCCAAUCAAGCUCGAUAAGAUUCCUAGUUUCACCAUGGAUCAUACUUCCCAUAUAUCUGAAUGGUCUGAUUAUGUUAUAUAGUUGCAAUUUUUGUUUGGUUUACAACUUUAGUCUUUCUGGGUUUUUUAAGAGAGAACUGAAGUUCUCUUAUCAAGAAAUGGGUAAUUUUAAAGCUGCUUAGUCCAUGUUAAGCAGGCUCUAGUCAUCUGCGAUGUACUGUACUGGUUUUUAGAUAUUGCCAUGAAUUACUUGUACUUAACCAGAUAUAUAAAGUUCUUCUCAUUUAGUUAA